AUGGAUCCAACAAUACAAUUCGCGGACACACAGCGACCAAGGCGUUCGGUUGAUACUCACGGCAUCGGUGGGGUAGUACCGCUUCGAAGCAGAACCAGAUCACUUAAAGCGAGAAGUUCUUUCGAAGCCUUCAAGGCUGGAGAGAUCGAAAAUGCAGAAGACGAAGAUGCUGGCUUGAGGAACGAGGGGGAUUAUAAACGCAGACAGACAUUCAAUAUUGUUCAGUUGUUCCUCCUUGCAUACCAGGCUACUGGAGUCAUCUACGGUGACAUUGGUACCUCUCCUCUCUACGUCUUCUCGUCGACUUUCACAGAGGCGCCCGAUCGGCAGAACUUGCUGGGAGCUUUAUCGCUCAUCCUCUGGGCGAUCACGUUGAUGGUGACUGUGAAAUAUGUGCUCAUCAUCCUUCAUGCCGACAACAAUGGCGAAGGUGGUACCUUUUCGACGUACUCUUUGCUAUCGCGUUAUGCAAUUCAGGCCAAGAUCGCCAAUAGCGAUCCCCGAGAGGCCACUAUGAUUCGAAUGGAACGCCAAUUAACAAAUGAUCUGAGCCGAUCCACGAAGACCGUACGUUCUACAAUCGAGAAAACCAAGUUCUUUAGAGGUCUUCUCAAGACCAUCGGUGUUUUGGCAGUGUCCAUGGUGAUGGCCGAUGGUGUUUUGACACCCGCGCAAUCAGUACUGGGUGCUGUUCAAGGUCUCAGCGUUGUGAAGUCAGACAUUUCGAAGUCAACGAUUGUUGGCGUAACGUGCGCUAUCCUCGUCCUUCUUUUCGUACUACAACCACUUGGAAUCUCCAAGAUCACAGUUGUCUUCUCCCCGGUCAUCAUGAUUUGGCUUGCAUUGAACGCUGGUUUUGGAAUCUACAAUCUCGCACGCUACGAUCACUCCAUUCUGAAGGCCUUCAACCCAUACUAUGCAUUCGACUAUCUUGUACGCAACAAGUAUGAAGGAUGGCGCAGUCUUGGAGGCAUCUUGCUCGCGUUUACUGGUGUUGAGGCCUUGUUCGCCGAUAUUGGUGCCUUCAGUCGUCAAGCUAUCCAGAUCAGUUGGCUUGGUUAUGCUUACCCAUGUCUCCUUCUUGCGUACUCAGGCCAGGCUGCGUACAUCAGCGAGCAUCCCGAUGCAUACUCAAACCCAUUCUAUAACUGCGCACCAAAGGGAUGGCUCAUUCCUUCGUUGAUCAUCGCUAUCGCUGCAGCAAUUGUUGCGUCGCAAGCCAUGAUUACUGCAACGUUCCAACUGUUGGCGCAAAUCAUGAAGCUUUCAUACUUCCCUCAGAUUCGAGUAGUGCACACUUCCAACACCCAUCAUGGCCAGCUCUAUGUACCCGCGGUCAACUGGCUGCUCAUGGUUGGUACCGUCGUCGUUGCAGCAGUCUACAACAACACUACCUCUCUCGGAAAUGCGUAUGGUGUUUGUGUCAUGUUUGUCACAUUCUUUGAUACCUGCAUGGUCACUCUUGUUGCCAUUCUCGUCUGGCAAAUCAAGCCGUACUUUGUCUUCUUGCCUUGGCUGGCUGUAUCCUGUAUGGACGGCGCGUUCCUAUCGUCCUCACUCACCAAGGUGCCAGAUGGUGCAUGGUUCACGAUCCUACUAGCCACAUUACUUGCCAGCAUCUUCAUCCUCUGGAGAUUUGGCAAGGAACAGCAGUGGUUCGCCGAGGCAGAAGAUCGCUUCCCUACGACACAUUUCGUCAAGACUCUCGACGACAAUAAUCUCCAACUGACCGAACAAUACGGCGGUAAGAACCUAAGUUCCAUCGAAGGCUUCGGAAUCUUCUUCGACAAAGCCGGCGAGACCACUCCCAUCGUCUUCAGCCAGUUCGUGCGCAAGCUCGUCAGUGCCCCCGAAGUCAUCGUCUUCUUCCACCUCCGUCCCUUGGAAGUGCCGUCAGUAGCCUACGAAAACCGCUAUUCCGUCUCGCGCCUCGCAAUUCCCAACUGCUACCGACUCGUCGUCCGCCACGGCUACAUGGACGAAGUCAUCACGCCCGAUCUCGCUUCUCUCAUCUAUGACAAAGUCCGCAAUCACAUCAUCAGCCGCGCGCUCGAUCGCGAGGGCGAGCGCCAAUCCGCACCUACCAGCACUGGCACCGAUGUGGAACCAAGCGCGCGACAGGCGCCUACGCCGACCAUGAGCGCUACGAGCACGACUGCGAGACUUACCGCGCUUGAACGCGCUUUCAACCAUGAGAUAUUGUAUAUCAUGGGUAAGGAACAGAUGAAGGUCAGGGCGAGUUCGAAUUUUGUACGCAAGGCGCUGGUCAAUGCGUUCUUGUUCAUUCGCGAUAACAGCAGGACGAAGAUCGCUAGUUUGGAUCUUGACCGCGACCGUGUCAUUGAGGUGGGAUUUGUGAAGGACGUUUAG